CUUGGUACCUAGAAAACAUCUAUCCGGACUCCCAGAUCCCAAGACGUUAUUAUUCACUUGGUGAGAUAAGAAAUGUUGAAACCAAUCAAUGUUUAGACAACAUGGGCCGCAAGGAAAAUGAAAAAGUGGGUAUAUUCAACUGUCACGGUAUGGGAGGAAAUCAGGUAUUUUCUUACACUGCUGACAAAGAAAUCCGAACCGAUGACUUGUGCUUGGAUGUUUCUAGACUCAGUGGGCCUGUAAUCAUGUUAAAAUGCCACCAUAUGAGAGGAAAUCAGUUAUGGGAAUAUGAUGCUGAGAGAGCAGGUAAAUGGGAUUAUAAUUUCAAGACCCACACUCUUCUUCAUAUAAUCACCCAGUCUUGUCUCUCAGUGAACAAAGUAGCUGAUGGCUCCCAGCAUCCUACUGUGGAAACAU